CAACCUUUUGCGAGGAAUAUUGGUGACGUAAGAGCGGUCUCUCCGGUUUGUGUAACAGCAGCGGGCGCGCGCUGGAAGCGGCAUGACGCGGUCCCCGCCUCUUGCUGGAGGCGAGAUAAAUAUAACGCGCGGUCCGUCAAACAACAGACAACACGACUCAUCUCCUGCAACAUGGACGAGCAAAGAUACCCCCUCAAUAUUCAGCUUGUUGGAGUGAUGCAGAAAGAAGUAGCUAAGUUGUACAUGACCACUGUACUCUGGUCAGACCAAAAUGAGAUCACUGUGUACAGAUCGCUCGAAGACUUCAAGAAGCUGCAUAGACAACUCAAGAAGAAAUUCCCUCCUUCAAACCCCUUUAGAAGGUCAGGAAGGAUUGUUCCCAAAUUUAAAGCUGCAAGAGUGCAGAAGAGCAUGCAGAAGUGGAGCCCCAGUAAGUCGGUGCUCAGACUGAAGGCUCUGGAAGAAUACUGCAGUGAACUGCUGAAGAGCGACCCCCGUAUCUGCCAGAGCUCAGAGCUCCUCCAGUUCCUGCUUCCCAAACCCCAGGACCUCGAUUCGGACUUUGCCAAAAACAGUAUCGUGAUCAUGCCAUCAGAAACCUCCCUGAGCAGCGGUAAUGCUGGAAUAAACAACGUUACUCAACCCUUUGUUACUGAAACAUACCGAUGCAUAGCUACUUUUGAGACCAAGGACACCAAGAAUCGGCCCUUCAAGGUUGAGGUGGAUGAGACUGUGGAUGUGCUCAUUAAAGACCAAAAAGGAUGGUGGCUGGUGGAAAAUGAAGCCAAGAAUCUCGCUUGGUUUCCUGCUCCUUAUCUGCAGAGAGCUGAGAUGGAUGAUGAUGGUCCCGAUGUGAUGGACGGCGAAAGCGUUUUCUAUGUUGCCGCCAAAAGUUACAGAGCCAUGAACAGUGAUGAACUAUCAGUGGAGAUCGGGUCUGUGGUGGAGGUGUUACAGAAGUCUGACAACGGCUGGUGGAUAGUGAGGUACAAUCGAAAGGCGGGAUUCGUACCGUCUAUGUACCUGCAACCAUACAAUGACCCACGGAUGCACCUGAUGCCUGCUAAGAGGGAGAUGACCAGCUCCACUCUUGACUUGACACAGCUUCAACGUCCUGGAGAAAAUUUCCUGCAGGUCUCUAGCCGUGAGCUCAGCAGAUCCCAGGGCAACCUGGGACCUCCAAGAAGCACCCUGGACCCUAAAGAUAAGCAGAUGUCACGAUCAAUGAGUAGACUGCCGGACGCUCAUACAACAUGGCUGAAUCCACCAUCAGUGCGAGUGGAGUUUGUCGAGAAUGGGCACCAAAGCAGUGUGAGCUACGACAGCGAAGAUUUCAGCGACGAAAGCAGCUUCUCCGGCAGCGAUUCGCUAAAUUGCUCAUACACAGGAGAGCAAUUACGCAGGAGUUGCACCCCUACGCCUGACUCCUCUGGCAGCCUGAGCCCUGAAAGUGCCGGAGAAGACAAGAUGAUCAGCAGCAGAUCAGACCCCAGUCUCAACAAGAUGCCCUCCUCCCCCAAGGUACCACCCAGACCCCAAGCUCAGGAGAUACUCAACCGCUGCACCACCGUCACACGCAAAAACCUGCAGAGAACCAGUUAGGCCGAUGUCUCAAGCACUUCAGGUUACAUGCUUGAGGAGAGCAUCUGAGAGUCCACGUCCAGGACAGCAUUAAUGUGCACUGGAGUAACGCUUGCUUGAUGCUAUUGUGAUUAUUUGAUGGACAACUUAUGGAGAGAUUCUUGCUACAUAUUUAUACUACUAGAACUAAGCUUAGAUCUUAUUCUUGGAACAGAAUUAUUACGCAUGUUACAAAUGAUGGGUCUCUAAGUUUCUAUAAAAGCUGCUCUUUGGGAUCUGAUAAAUGUAGAUGAUCUUGUAUGUAGAAAUGUAGAAAAGAUAAUGAUCGAAAUUUUUUAGAAUCUUCUACAGAAUAUUUGUAUGUUUCUUAGUUUUCGCUUUCUUUUUCCAUAGUGGAAAUUAUCACUUGUGCCUUAUAUGCAUUGUAUAUCCUGACAUAUAUUAUACAUAUAUAU